GAGGUCCAGCUUUGGUGUCUCUCCCUUUAAUCUCUCCGUCUUUCUCUGUAGAGCAAACUGAAUGUCUGCAUUUUAAUGCACGAGCGCCUUCCAUUUAUUCAUCCGGAUCAACCACUGUGUCGCUUCAUUCCUUCUUUUCAACGGACUGUUUGGAUUGGAUUUUUUACCCGGAGACCGAAGGAUUUUUGGGGACUUUGCUUUCUCUUCUGCUCGCGUUUGUUGCAUGUUCAUGUUUGGCCAUAUCCCACCAAGUCUGUGCGCAGCUUCAAUAGAGUCCUGUGAUGCAGAGAUUGCACAGGCAAACCAUUGAAGAUGGAGUGAAGAGUGGAAAGUAGUUAUACUGGAAGACAGCCAAGAAGACGGAGCUACCUUUUUUCUUUCCAUAAAAGUGUAGCUAUUUGACAGAUUUAAAGCUACCGCACCAAGCAAGAUCCGUUUCCUUGGGAUGGGGGGUUCUAGUGUUGGUGAUGUGAUUGGAGGGUGUCUUGCUUAUAAGCUUCCCAAUAUUGCCUGAGUGAGGGGAUUCUAAUCAUCUGGCCAGGUGGAAUUAUAGGACCGUAGAUACCACCUUCUUCUCCCCAACCCCAGGUGGACCAUGUCACGGCAAGGAGGAACCACAUGGAUACCUACAACCAUGGUCCAGUCAUUUGCCAGUCUACACCAAAUCUGUUGGAUUGUAGCAGUGGUAGCUUCUUGCUUACCAGUGGCCCAGGGGCAACAGUAUCCAGUUGUCACUACAAACUACGGCAAGUUACGAGGCUUAAAAACGUCACUGCCCAAUGAGAUAUUGGGACCUGUGGAACAGUACUUGGGAAUUCCCUAUGCUCUGCCUCCCACAGGCGAGAGGCGUUUCCAGCCUCCAGAGCCACCCAUGUCUUGGCCGGGGAUCCGAAAUGCCACUCAGUUUGCCCCGGUGUGUCCCCAGUUUCUGGAAGACCGCUUUUUACUCAAUGAUAUGUUACCUGUAUGGUUCACUGCUAAUUUGGAUACAGUGGUAACCUAUGUGCAAGACCAAAGCGAAGAUUGUCUAUACCUGAACAUCUAUGUGCCCACUGAGGAUGGAGCCAACACUUACAAUCAACGUGCUGAUUUCACCAAUAAUGAGGGUGGCGAAGACAAAGACAUUCAUGACGAGAACGGUCUGAGGCCCGUCAUGGUAUACAUUCACGGCGGAUCUUACAUGGAAGGCACAGGGAACAUGAUCGACGGCAGCAUCCUGGCCAGCUAUGGAAACGUUAUUGUGGUUACAAUUAACUACAGACUGGGAGUUCUAGGAUUUCUAAGCACAGGGGAUCAAGCUGCCAAAGGGAAUUACGGCCUGUUGGACCAGAUUCAAGCGUUGCGGUGGAUCAAAGACAACAUCCAGGCCUUCAAAGGCGAUCCGAAACGGGUGACAAUAUUUGGAUCGGGAGCUGGAGCGUCAUGCGUGAGCUUACUGACCCUGUCCCAUUACUCAGAGGAUCUGUUUCAGAAAGCCAUCAUCCAAAGUGGCACGGCUCUAUCCAGCUGGGCCGUCAAUUACCAGCCGGCCAAGUACACACGCUUGCUUGCUGAAAAAGUAGGCUGCAACAUGCUGGAUACCAUCGAACUGGUGGAAUGCUUGCAAAACAAGAACUACAAGGAGCUGAUCGAGCAAUACAUAACCCAGGCCAAGUACCACAUUGCAUUCGGACCGGUCAUAGAUGGCGAUGUCAUCCCUGACGACCCACAGAUCCUCAUGGAGCAGGGCGAGUUCCUGAACUAUGACAUAAUGUUGGGUGUCAACCAGGGCGAAGGUUUCAAGUUCGUGGAUGGGAUUGUAGAUAGCGAGGAUGGCGUGUCGGCCAAUGACUUUGAUUUCGCAGUGUCGGAUUUUGUGGACCACCUGUACGGUUAUCCGGAGGGGAAGGAUACGCUCAGGGAGACUAUCAAGUUCAUGUAUACUGAUUGGGCUGAUAAGGAGAAUCCAGAGACCAGGCGCAAGACUUUGGUUGCAUUAUUUACAGAUCACCAGUGGGUGGCACCUGCUGUAGCUACAGCCGACCUUCAUGCCCAGUAUGGAUCGCCAACAUACUUCUACGCUUUCUACCACCAUUGUCAGAGCGAGAUGAAGCCCAGCUGGGCAGACUCGGCGCAUGGAGACGAGGUCCCGUACGUGUUCGGGAUCCCUAUGAUUGGCCCGACCGAUCUGUUCAAUUGCAACUUUUCCAAGAAUGACGUCAUGCUCAGCGCAGUGGUGAUGACAUACUGGACAAAUUUUGCUAAGACCGGAGAUCCAAAUCAACCGGUACCACAAGACACCAAGUUCAUACACACAAAACCCAAUCGGUUUGAAGAAGUGGCCUGGUCCAAAUACAACCCCAAAGAUCAGCUGUACCUUCACAUUGGACUGAAGCCAAGAGUCCGAGACCACUACCGUGCCACCAAGGUGGCCUUCUGGCUUGAACUUGUGCCCCACCUUCAUAACAUCAAUGAACUGUUUCAGUAUGUGUCAACCACCACCAAGAUACCACCGCAGGACACUACGCCCUUCCCUUACACCAAACGACUAGGUAAAACCUGGCCGUCCACAACACGCCAUCCGGGAAUACCAAAUUCGAAUACCAAGCAAACCACAGACCAACGCAAAGGCAAUGAUCUAGUCGAGGACUCUGCUGUGAUGAUUGAGACCAAGCGUGACUACUCGACGGAGCUGAGCGUGACCAUCGCGGUUGGCGCAUCACUGCUCUUCUUGAACAUCCUGGCCUUUGCCGCACUCUAUUACAAAAAAGACAAGCGGCGCCACGAGUCAGGUCGCCGUGGAACCAGUCCGCAACGCAAUGCCAACUCCAAUGCUAAUGAUGUCUCGCGAAUGCAGAGUGAUGAACUAGCAUCAUUGCAGAUGAAGCAGCAACAACAGCAACUGGAGCAACAGCUUGAAAACGAGCACCGGCACGAAUGUGAGGCGUUGAGGCUUGCGUGCCCACCUGAUUAUGCGCUUACUCUCCGCCGAUCUCCCGACGACGUGCCGCUCAUGACACCCAGCACCAUCACCAUGAUUCCCAGCUCGCUCGGUGCCAUGCAGCCCUUGCACAAUUUCAGCGCCUUUGUUGGGCCUCAGAACAGCACCAACCUCCCCCAUGCUCACUCCACCACCAGGGUAUAGCUGCACGCUUUCGGAAUACCUUCAGACUCCCACCUCCUCUCUGUACUAUUCUUAGGAAGUCAGGGUUGGUUUACUCCUGGCAUCAAGCUUAAGACUGAAGUCAUGGAUGAAAAACUGCUCCACCUGGAGAUUGAUUCUCAGUGGAUAAGAUUAUUUUGCUACACCUACUUUAAGAAUAUACCAGUCCAAUAUGAUAUAUUUGUCCGGAGGAAAAGUGGAUGUUGUUUAACUUCACAUUGUACUCAGUGGAACAGGAAUAUUUUACCAAAAGUAAUUCUGGACUCUUUCGGACUAGUUUGAUUGCACAGGAGACACUUAGAACUUAAUGACAAGAGUCAUCAAGGAUCUGAUAAAGCUCUGUAUUGUUUAUCCUAUAUCAGACAGUGCAAGGACACUGUAUUUUGAACAGCUCUACUUUUUCGGUCACGUAUUGGACAAGGGAACAGAAUUCUAAAAAAAAUUUCCCAGCCUGAAAUGUAUUUAUGACAAAUUUGUAAAGAUGAGAAUUCUGUACAUAGCUGUGAGUUAAAAAUCCAAUACUAAAGAAAAUUACAAAUGCUUUUAUUGUUGUUUUUGGUUCAAAAUAUUACUAUUAACAAGCUUGUGCUUUUUGUUGAAGUGACUGUAUAUAUACCGAUCAUGAUCAUUGACUUUUUUUUUUCUUCAAAAAAGGCUUGUGUUCACAUUUCAAUUGCGAUAGCAAAAAAAAAAAAAAAAUGAAAUACUUAUUUCAACACACAUAACCACAAGUGUGCAGUUAGUGGUCUUUCACAUGUAUGUCCAGCAAACAUAGUUUGUUCAAAAACAGCUUCAUGUGUUGACCUAAGAAAUGGAGGAAAACAGCGUACGAUAGUAUUGAUACAAAUUGGCUAUUUAUGGUGAAUUAAGGUUUUGUAGAUUGUCUUUCACAUCCUAGGGAUGAUAAGUAACCUGAUAUUGAAAGCACUGAAUCACAUAAUGGCUAGAUUAGCAACAUUGUCGGUGGUGCUCAAGCGUGAUUUCUCAUGGUCAGUUAGGUUCCAUAUUGUUCUAAAUGAGAGAAAUAAUACUUGGAUUCCAGGUGUCAUCGCAAAACAGCUAAAAACAGCAUCUUGUGUCCCCAACAGCUGUAGGUCAUUCAUAACAUCUGCUUCAUUCUGUAUUUUUAUUUCCAUAACUUUUCUGUUACAUGCACCACUGCCUGAACUGAAGACAUGACCAGCAAUGUACUGUUUAGAAUAAAAAUGGGCAAAAGAAAUAGCCCAGGCAGUGGAUUUUGCUAUAUUAGUUGGAUAUGUUUGUAAAGAAGUAUAUGUUAGAUAUUUCUAAUUGUCAUAUGCUAGCAAUAUGUAUUGUACCAGGCUUGUGAUAUUUUUGGGUUACAACGCAAGUGAAUGAAUGUAAAUAAAAAUAAACUUAUAAAUAAUAUUUAAAAAAAAAUCAUUAACCCUAAUAUUUUAGUUCUGCAUCCUAUAAGACAGCUUGGAAGCGCAAGCAAAGAUAAAAAAAAAAACAAAAACAAAAACAAAAAAAAAACAGCAAAUUAAAGUUUAUAAAGUUACCUUUGUAUAUUGAAUCUAAGAUAUUCAUCAUAAACCCUUCAACUGUCAAUAAUUCAAGGGUGACGUAUAGGAUUCUACAUAAUAGUUUGUCUUAUAUUGUUUGCGUUUUUUGCCUUAAGUGAUAGAUGAUAUUUCUGGCUGGACACCUAUAUAAUUUUUUUC